UCCUUUGCUGUUUUCUUCCGUUGACUCAGAUUAACAGCGAUGCCUCACUGAAUGGGUUGGGAAUGCCGCACGAAGGUUUGUGCAUGCAAAAUUUCUUGAGACCUAAAAGGUAAAAUGAUCCUGAACCCUCUAGAACUGAUUGUUUUGGUCUUCGAUCUCAUACGUUUGAUUAUCGGCAUCUACUUUGCAUUUUUAUCUGCAGUAUUUGAAUUUUUAUUCCCACCUAAACCGAAAUCAUUGUGGAGAGAGAUAGUUUUGAUUGUCGGAACUGAGUAUGGAAUUGGCAGGGAACUAGCGCUGCAGUAUGCAGCCCUCGGAGCUGUUGUGGUUUGUUGGGAUACGAAUCGCCGAGAAAAUGAAAGGCUCGCUUUUGAGAUCAGGAAACGAGGACGCAGAGCUUACGCUUUCACAUGUGACAUCACUAAAAGAGAACAGGUUCUAACCACAGGCAAAAGGGUGCUCGAAACAAUAGGUCCUGUCUCAGUUAUUGUGCACAGCUGCGGUUUGCCAAAUCAUGAGACCCUCCUAGAUGUUACAGAAAAUGCUGACUCUUUCUUUUGCGUUGAGCCGAUGGAAAAGGCCGUUCUCUCUUUAUUCUGGUUGCAAGAAGCAUUUCUGGAGACGAUGAUCAAACAAGGCAAAGGACACUGGGUGCUCCUUAGCUCUGUGGCUGGAAUCGAAACUCAUCCACAACAUCUGGGAAUUACUGCUGCACAGUUUGCUGUCCAAGGAUUCAGUGAAUCAAUCUCUUACAAUUUACCAAAGAAAAAUGUCAACGUAUCUCUUGUCCACAUCUAUCCGUUCAUUCUGCCACCUCUAUUUCAGAAAAUUUUGCAAAAAAGAAUUUCAAGUUAUUUUGGUACUAUUGAACCUCAAGAUGCGGCACGACACAUCAUUUAUGGCAUGAGGCGUAACCGAGUGGAGUUCAGCAUUCCUCUGUACUUACAUUUCCUGAAUAAGUUACUCAGGAUUUUGCCGAAAAAGUCUGCUUUCAUGCUGCGUGAUUCGUUUGAUACUGGCGUGGAUUUUGGGUAAUAAGACUCGUUCAGUUUUCAAAAACUCAUUUGGCAAAUCUAAGUAUCUUGUAGGUAAACUUUUUUUCAAUUUCUCUUAGGUACUCUGUUUUACUCUCGCAAACCAACAUUCCCAAUAGAUCUGCUCAAUUUUUAUUAUACUUAUAAAUUUUUUAAGACAUGUUUACACAAAAAGAUAGUUUAACCCUCGUAGGCUAUCAAUUUCUACGACUCUGUUAUCUCCUCCGUAAAGUAUGUUAAAACAAUUAUUUUUAUACUCUUGUAGGUUUGUUUUGUAUUUAUAAUGUUGCUUUUCCUUUAUUGAUCUUUUAACUCAGGGUGAUUGUUAUUUUUUUACAGUUUAUCUUAAAAAUAUUUACGUAACAAAAGCAAGCUUUAGCUUUAUUUGUUCUGGAGAUCUGAGGAAUUAGUCAUAAAAAUAUGUCUUGUCCCCGAAAGCGCUUAAAUUGGUUUAUUUUUUAUUUUUUUUCCUACCAAUAUUUUUAUAAAAGAACACUUUCUUUCACAGGCCCUUUAGAUUUUUUCAUUCCCUGGUUAUCAAUUUCUGAUCUGGGCCCUAUUGAAGCUAUACAUCAAAUCAAAUACACUACAUUUUCCAGUAAGUAGCUUGAAAAAACAAAAAAAAAGAUAGUGUUUUAGCACACUGAAUCUGUUUGAGACAGACUACUUUUGCAUGAAUGUGUCCAAUUUUUUUGUGUGCAAAAUUCCACACAAUAGUGCCACAGUAUGCCCUCUAUUCAGUGAUUUGCCUCACAUUUUUUAAAGGAAAGAUGAUACUUAUCCAUACUAAAAAUAAUUAAUGGAUGGCAACUGUACAAAAAAAAUUCCUCAAAAUGCAUUCUGCUAUAUGCUUUGAGCAGUCAGCUCAUAAAACGCAAUAGGAUGAGGAAAAUUUCUUACUUGGAAAAAUCCGUCGGAAGGAACAUUUGUCAAAGUGGAAGCUUUAGAUCUCAUGGGACCUUUUUGUGGGAUUUGUCCCAGGGUAAAGUCACCGUUGUGAAGUUGAGGUUAGGAAAAAUAUUGAGUUGGUCAGUAACAACAUGAGCACCAAGUAUGGUCCUUGCACUCCUUGUAGAGAUAUCUAAGAUUAACGGAGAGAAAGAAGAUGUGAAAGCAAAUUAUGUGAUAUUUUGUUGUUUACUCAAAUGUUCACAUUUUCAUUCAAGUAAUUCGUUUAAUGGUUCAUUGUGUUCAACCAUUAUCCUAAUGCUGGUUGAGUACUCGGUUUCACCUGUUUAUCUUCCUGCACAAAUUUGUCGCAGCCCUGAGAGCCCUGUCCUGUGAAGAUGGUAACUGCGAAAAAUCCUUGAAGUUCCAUUCUUGGAAUUCGACCCCAUGGUCAAAUUCUAUGAAAAGACCUAGGCUUGUGUAACUUUGUCCUAGAGAAUCGUGCUGUCAAACUUUGCUCACAGGAUUUUGGUUGGCCAGUUGAUAGCGUGACCAUAUUCUUAUCAGAUUCUUUUUAAGACUUUUGUCCAAUGAGGCAGUGAUUUUUUUUUUUUUUCUACGCACAACUUUACAAAAUGAGAACUCUUAAACUCAUCAGAAAUGCCAGUUUGGGGAAUUGUAAUUAAGUGUUUUGUGUGCAUUUCUUGUAGUGUCUUGUUGUAUUUGGGUAAAUUGUAAAUAGGUUUCUCCAAGGCAAUUUUUUAUGAUCAUUAGAAUGUAAGUGCAAUCAAAGAAUCUGCGAUAGUUCCAAAUUGUUAUGAGUUGUUGGCCAAAGGUGAGAAAAUAGGUAACCGAUGCCGAAAUUAUUCAUGAUAACCAAAAAGUUUCAGGCCUCUUUCACCCUUGUGAUGAUGGUGAAAAAAUAUAAAUGUAAAUCAAAUGUGGCAAACAUUUCUAACAUUUUGACAAUCAAUAUCUUUGUGUUUUUGACAUGUAAUGUUAUCAUCUCAUGGACACAAGUGGUGAAAGUAUGUCCUGUAAUACUGACCGUUUGUUUUGUAUUUUUAGCCUCGGUUACCUGUCUUCCAUUUUUCUGUUUGAGAUUAUAGUAUGUUUAUAAGCUGCUUAUCAUGCAGCUAUUGUUCAAUUUUUAGAACUCAUACCCUUUAAGUUGACACAUUUAUGCCUAAAGGGACUCAAUGGUGCAAGCAAACUCUAUGCUAAUAGUUCCUUUUAGCAUAAUUACACUCAAUUUGUCCCUCUGAAAUUUCAUUGUUAUCUUAGAUUGUUUUGGCCCCCGCCAUUCAUCAAUUUGUCCUCUAUUUUACAUGAAUUUUAAUUUUAGUCAUCAUGAAUAAACAAAAUUUAAUGAUAGUGUACGUACUUAAAGUUUUUUUAUGAAGAUAAUGAAAAUACUCAGGCAAAAGUCAAUCAGUUUCUGAACUGUUUGCACUUUUUCAGUAAGGAUGAGGGUUUUUAUACCAUUUUAUCAAACGAAGCAUGUCCCUGCACAGAGGAGGGAACCCGAGAUUUUUCAUGUUUGUAAUCGAAUCGGUCAGUUACAAAAGGGCUCAAGCGCCAAAAAUGAGAAUUCAAGAAAAAUGGUAAUAACCGUUUUAAUUGACCCCUUAAAAAUCUAAGAGCUAUAAAAUAUUAAAACGAUGAAUAGUUAUCACAUUAUUAAUUAAUCUGCAAUUUAAAAUGGGUUGGUUCAUGCAGUUUCUACUGUUUGUUUUGUAUUUUUGUAUCUGACACUUGAGCCCUUUGGUAACUGACCGAUUUAAUUGUGUUUUAAUUUUACUUUGUAUUAUACAAGAUGGGCCUGAAAAUAAUGUGUAAGUAAUGAAAAAAGAAGUGUACUACAUUUUACAAUAAGGAGCUACAAUUUCUGAUUCAUCCCUAAAAGCACCUAUCUGCUUCAGAAAACUAAUGACACAUACCUCAUUUUCAAAAUGAACCAGGAAUGGUAGUUCCCAAUUACAAAAUGUAGUCCAAGUAAUGUGGUGCCCAAGGAUUUUGCCCUGUUUAGUUGCCUGAAAAAGUCUGUCAAGUCUCUCUCAAAUAAUAUUUUUGAUAUUCAUGACAUAUUCAUAAUUUCUAUUGCUUUCACCAGUUUAUUGCUGUUGCUGCGCAAUAAUAAUCCAACCAAAAUUUGGCCUAUCCCAUCCUUCAUUAAGAACAAGCUCUGUUUCCGAGACAGAUCUUUAAGAGAGCUUUUGACCUAUUGCGAGAGUUGUUGAUAUUACUCGCAACCCAGUCUGAAUCAGAUAAUUUUAUGUAUAUUUGUUUAUUUUAGAGAGCAAAUUUUUUUCUCAGUUAGAUUUAUCUGUCGCUGAUCUUUUCCGAGGGAUACAUUUUAGGUAGGUAUUUAAACACAAGAGUAGUCAUCCCCAAGGUUCUUGUUGGUGGUGGUCAUGACUAUUUUGUAAAUUCAACGAUCAAAAAAGUAUAUGUAUGGAAUUUAACUUUUGUUAGUCGUGCACAAAAUAAGUUGCCAAAAUGUUCGCAAAAAAUCAUAGUUUACCUGUUGUUUUUUUGUCGAACUAUUUGUUUUUCUUUUUGUCUAGAAAAAAAUUGAUGAAGCAUCUAUUUUUUGUCAGUCGUUUUUAGUAUUGUUUUGCUCAAAAAGCCAACAAAAUUAAACGCACUAUGUUCAA